GUUUUGUAUUAGCCACAUCCACUCACCUUCAACAUUUUGUGGAAGUUUCACGCAGUUUCUAAAUAUUAAAGUUUGUGCGAUCUAUUUAUUAAAUCCGCAAAAAAAUUUUUCACCAAAGCUGAGAGUAAGCAGUAUUUACAAUAUCAUCAAUAAUCAUUUCGAAUUGCAUUAAUACUUGAGGAAAUUGUGUCAUUGAAAAAAAAUGAUUACAAUAUUAAUUAUCAGCUUAGUAGCUUCUCUAAUCAAUUGCGAAAAUUGUGAUUUGAGUACUAAUGAAAUAAUGGAAUUAGUAAACUAUUUUAAUAAUGUUGCUAUGGACUAUAAGAAAGAUUUUGAUGACAGUCGGAAUGUUGCAAUUUGCAUAGGCAUGGCAAGAUCUGGCAAAAGUACACUAAUUAAUUACUUGAUGGGAAAUAACUUGAAGAUGUUCAAAAAAAGUACAUAUGCUUCUAAGGAAAUAGUAAAAGAAGACCAAUCUCCAGGACCAGAAAUUGGUUCUGGAUCAGAAUCAAAAACUAUAGAAGUCUCAAAAUGGGCUUCAACUAAAAUACCUAAUUUGGAUAUUUGGGAUACUCCCGGAUUUGGAGACAACCGAGGUCAAAUGCAAGACAUAAAAAAUGCUUUUAAUAUUUAUCGAUUAAUGCAUAGUGUUAAAUCAGUAAAGUUUAUUUUAGUUGUUGAUUUUGCUCAUAUAAUAGGAGAUGACACUAAGCAAUUGACAGACUUUUUAAAUUAUCUUGAAAACUUAUUUGGAAAAAUGUUUAUAAAUACUUUUCGAAGCAUGGCAAUAAUAAUUUCAAAAGCACCUUUUAGAAUAUACGGGGAACAAGUAGAUCUUGAUUUUAUAAACCAUCAUUUACAACGGAAGAGUUUAUCAUCAAUAAAAAUGAAUCCUAUUUCAAGACAGUUUAUAAACUACAUAAUAACUAACCAGAAUCAAGUUGGUAUCUUCCGGCAAGUUAACACACCUACAGAGAUUCAAAACAUUGAUUAUAAUAUUGUAGAUGCUAUUAAAAGUUCUCAUUUGACAAUUGAUUAUUCUUUCGAGGAUAUAUUACCAACUAUUUCACCUUCCUCAAAAAAUUGCCUUUUAAAAACUCGAAGUAACCUGCAGUCAAUGAAUCAAAUCAGUAUAUUAGAGACGUUUUUGGUACAAUUUGUAGAAGAAUUUGCACAAAUUAGAAUUAAUACUACAGAAGCGGUUGCAACAAAUAAAUCCGAAGGAAUAGGAACUGAAAAGGAUUUAAACAGAAUUAGUGAAAUUCUACAUGAAGCACUUGAACCCGGAAUAAAUUAUGACAGAAAGAUACGAAUUCUUAAAGAAAUCGAUGAUAAGAUUAGAGAAAAGAUUGAGGAAUUAAAUUUAUUACAAAAUUUUAAAUUUAUGAUAUUUUUUGAUCAGUGCUUAGGGAUAAGAUUUAGGAAAGAUUAUGAAAUCGCUUUAGAGGCUAUGUUAUACAGAUUAAAUUUUCAUAUAGAUCUAAAACAUAAUGAUUAUUAUGAAAAAUUACAGGCAGAAGAGUUAAGAAUACAUGAACAAAAAAUGGAAAAAAUACGCACAAACUAUAAUGAAACUAUAACCAAAUUAAUAGCUGAAUACAAUAAGACAAUAGAAGAAUAUAAGAAGAACGGAGUCGAAGAAAAAGGCUUUGUGGCUACAUUUUUCGAAGAUAUUUUCCUAGGGUAAGUGUGGGUAUUUCUGCGAAUUUUUAGUGUAGGUUAAAUUUGAGAAGCUCGUCUAAGUUUACGAAAAAAUGAAAUGCAGUUUUUUCAAUUACAAAUUAAAGGUCAAUUAUUAUAUUUUCGUUAAUUAUUUGUAUUUAAAAAAGUUAAUUAAAAACUAAAAAUACCAAUUAUUGUGCGAGUAUUAUUGCAGAAAAUCAGGUGUCGUAUACCGCGCUGGUUGUCAAAAAAGAGGUUAUGUUUAGUAUGCGUUGCGCAGUAAACGUAUUUAAAAAUCGCAAUAAUACUAACAUGCAGUAAAAAUUCUGCUACUAAUAUAGUUUUAAGUAUUAUUAAUUGAAAAUCAAUGAAAGAUGGGUAAAUUAAUAUAUUUUUCAAAUAAUAAAGUAUACUGCUUUCAUUAGUAACACUGAAACAUGUAUACUAUAGUGAAUAUUGGAAAUAUCAACGGUUUUUAAUAUGUAUUCAUGACUGUCAUAUUUGAUAAUUUCACAGAAUUCUGUCAUAAUAUAUUUCAAAUUUAAAUAAAUAAAUUAAUAAUUGUCGGAAUAUAAAUUUUUAUGAGCUAUUCUAUCAAGUGAGAUUCACAAUAAUUUUUGUAAUUAUUUUGAAAAAAUUAGGCGUAUAUUUCAAAAUGAAAAUAAUAAUUUUUUAAAAAUCGCAAUAAUUAUGUCACUCGCAGGAAUACCAACACUUACCCUAUUUUUAAAUUGAAAUAUAAAAGCAAAAAACUGUGGCGGUAGGCUUAAAGUUCGCCUUUGCCCACGUUGAAAUCGGGCUUUAGUUUUUGUUCCCCCUCUCGUGAGUAUGAGAAUGCGAGCUGGAGAGUGCAUGAGUUGAGCGACGACGGACACUUGAGAUCCGUACUCGAAAAGAAAUACAUGUAAAGUUGGGUGGUCAGCCAGAUGGCAAUUUAUUAAAUAAAUAUUGUUAAAAGUUA